AUGAAGGUCCUCAUCGCAACGAUGCCCUUCGCGGGGCACAUCAACCCGGCCCAGCCCGUCGCCCGCGCCCUCAUCCGCCGCGGCCACGCCGUCGCGUGGCUCACCUCGGCGUCCCACGAGCACCUCGUGACCCCGACCGGCGCCGCGUUCUUCCCUUCCCCCGCGGCCCUCGCGCGCCACGACGAGAUCCCGCUGGCGCCGGACCCGGGCACCUGGGGCCUCGCCGCCGUCGUCUCGACCCUCCGUCGACUGUUCCUCGACCGUGUGCCGGACCAGGUCGCCGCCUACCGCGCCGUGCUGGCCACCUUCGACGCCGACGUCCUACUGGUCGACCUCGGCGCCUACGGCGCCCACUGCCUGCGCGACCUCACAGGCCUGCCGUACGCCACGCUGGGGAUCAACCCGCUCUUCACCAUGGACGCCGAGAUCCCGCCCUGGGGCACCGGGUGGCUACCCCCCAAGACCUUCUUCGGGCGCUGGGUCAACGCCUUAACGCACACCGUCGCAGCACAGCUGAUCUACACGCGGCUCACGGCGGCGCUGAACGGGCACCGGGCCGCAAUGGGAUUGCCCCCGCUGCCCGCGUUGGGCUUCUACGACUCGACGAGGUCGGACGCGCUGCACAUCAUGCCCACGACGCCGGCGUUCGAGUUCCCGAGGCGGAACCUGCACCCGGGGGUCAGGUUCGUCGGGCCUCUGUUGCCGUUGUUCAAUGACGACGACGAAGGCGACGACGGCGGCGGUGGCGGGGGGACAUUCUCCCCUCCGGAGUGGUGGGGCGAGUUGCUCGCGCACCCAAGGGAGAAGGUCGUCCACGUCACGCAAGGGACGUACGCCACGAACCCGGCGAACCUCAUCGCUCCCACGCUGUCAGCCCUCCGGUACCGCCCCGACCUGCUCGUCAUCGCGACGACCCGGGAUGCGGAGACCCUGCUGGCGGCGGGCUCCCUGCCGGCCAACGCGAGGGUCGCGCCCUUCGUCCCGCACGCCAGGCUCCUCCCGCACGUCGGCGUCAUGGUGACGAACGCGGGGUACAACGGCGUGCUCGCGGCGCUGAGCUGCGGCGUGCCGAUGGUAUGCGCGGGGCGGAGCGAGGACAAGGCGGACGUCAGCUCGAGGGUCGCGUGGGUCGGCGCCGGCGUCGAUCUCCGGACGGACACGCCGGGCGAGGAGGCCCUGAGGGACGCGGUCGAGCGGGUCGUCUCGGACGGCCGGUUUCGGAAGGCGGUGGAGGCGGUCCGGAAUGAUUUUGCGAGGCACGACGGGCCGGAGGAGGCGGUUGAUGAGUUGGAGGAGCUUGUGGAGAAGAGCCGGAGGUGA